AUAAAGGCCACAAAAAAGUAAGUUUUUUUUCCUUCUCUAAAAGUCAUAAGACCAUGAGAGGAAGGUGUGGAUUUGUUUGACCAGAGAUGAUGGCAAGCGGUGUCAUACUCCUGCUGCUCUUUGUCCUAAAUGGAGCUCAUGGUACUCAUAUUGUCGGAGGCAGAGAUGCUGGCCCCCACUCGCGCCCCUAUAUGGCCUCGCUGCAGGUUCAAGGCCGCCACAUCUGUGGGGGAGCCCUGGUGAAAGAGGACUUUGUGCUCACGGCAGCACAUUGUCAGCUACGCAUCCCAUACACAGUUGUUCUUGGAGCUGACUCCCUGACUGCUAAUGAGACUACAAAACAGCAAUUCAACACAAGCCGAUCAAUUCCACAUCCAGAUUAUGACGGACAUGCAAAUGAUAUCAUGCUCCUGAAGCUCAAUGGUAGCGCCCAGCUGACUGAAGCAGUGCAGCUGAUUUCUCUGAGAAGAGGCAGACUGAGAACAUCCAGUCUGUGCCUCACUGCUGGCUGGGGGGACGUGGGGGAUAAUGGCACCAUACCAGACAGGCUUCAAGAAGUCAAUGUAACCACCCUGUCACGGGGGACAUGUCGUAGGAGAUGGAGAGGUGUUCCCAUCACCAGGGCUAUGGUUUGUGGAGUUGGGGGGCGCAUUUUUCAAGGCUUCUGCUCGGGGGAUUCAGGUGGUCCAUUAGUGUGUGACGGAGCUGCAGCAGGCGUUGUCUCCUUCUCUGGACGGCGAUGCGGAGACCCCAGGACCCCUGAUGUCUACACACGGGCAUCAUCCUUCAGGGAAUGGAUUAUAAGCGUGUUGAACAACAACUAGACAUAUAUAUUGAAUGUGUCAGUAUACUCGAUUUGGAUGUACUUUUUAAGACAAGGCUCUUUGUGACAGUCAAACACGUAGUGUUGUGUGAUAUCUGCUUAGCAAUGCUGCACUGUGGUUUUUGAGAUGAGGUGAUAUAUAAUAUUUUUGUCACUCCUAUCUUUCAUAUUGUGUUCCUGCACCACUAUGCAUUUCAAAUAGAUUGGGUAAGACUUUUUUAAAUUCUGAACUUUCAAAAACAUGCUAGGCUGAAUGUGAUCAUAAAAUUAAAUUGAAAAAGUGAGGUAAAUUCCAGUGCACUCAUUUUUUUGUGACACCACGAUAAAGCUACUAAUUCUAUCAUUACAGUUCUUGAGAAAAAAAUAUUUUAUGGGUCAAGUUUUGUUCAUGUUUGCAUAUUUAGUUGAUAGGUUGCUUUGUUUCUGCAGCAUACAUGUCAUUGAUUCAUUUGCCAAAUGAUAAAGGUAUCUGAACAGCUGCACAGGCGUAGUAUUCAGCUGAACCACAAGUCAAGCCUGAGAGGAUGCAAACUGUUUGAGUCAUGUGUAUGCA